AUGAUACUUCUAAUCGGUAUAGAGAGCAGACAACUAGAUGACUCGGAGGUUCCUGAUAAAACCUCUUGGAAGGCCUUCCGUACUCGGUCAUUCCGGAAACUUCAGGAAGGUCCAGAAUCCAUGUUUCGUAUAUUCAGCUAUAAAGAAACAAAAAAGGCUACGAACAAUUUCAACAUAAUCAUUGGACAAGGUGGAUUUGGAACUGCAUACAAAGCUCAGUUCAGUGAUGGUUUUGUGGUUGCCGUUAAGCGGAUGGACAAAGUCUUAGAACAAGCAGAGGAUGAUUUCUGUAGAGAGAUUGAACUUGUUGGAAGACUCCAUCAUCGUCAUCUUGUUUCUCUAAGAGGCUUCUGUGUUGAUAGCCGUGAAAGGUUUCUAAUGUACGAGUACAUGGAAAACGGAAGGCUAAAGGAUCAUCUUCAUUCAAUUUCAUUUCUCUCUAGAAGAUCGAGUAUGUUGAUUUCGAGAGUAGGAAUUAUUGGUGCGGGUAUAAGUGGUAUUGCAGCAGCAAAACAACUUAAGCGUUAUAACCCGAUUGUUUUUGAGGGUUCGGAUUCUCUCGGUGGUGUUUGGCAACACUGCUCGUAUAGAUCAACAAACCUUCAAACACCGAGGUAUGAUUACGAGUUCUCGGAUUAUCCAUGGCCUGAAAGAGAUAAUCACAACUUUCCUUCUAGCACUGAGAUUGUGGAUUACGCCUACAAUUAUGCUAAGCAUUUUGAUGUGUUGAAGUACGUCGAAUUCAACACAAAGGUAGUUGAAUUACGAUAUGUUGGCAGCCGAGAUACCAUGACUACGGAUUUGUUGGUAGAGGACGACGUGUCGACUCUAUGUACUGGUAAACCACUCUGGGAAGUUGCUGUCAAGUCCAAAUACUCUGAGACCGUUGAGUGGUAUUCAUUUGAGUUUCUGGUGGUAUGUAUUGGCAAAUACGGCGACGUACCAAAAAUCCCAGUGUUCCCGAAAAACAAAGGUCAGGAGGAUUUCAAUGGAAAAGUUUUGCAUACACUUGAUUAUUGCAAACUUAACAAGGAUGAAACAACUGAAUUACUUCAAGGGAAAAAAGUUGUAGUCAUUGGUUACAAAAAAUCAGCUAUAGACUUAGCUAAUGAAUGUGCUGAGGCUAAUCAAGGACCAGAUGGAAAACCAUGCACCAUGGUGAUAAGGACCCUGCAUUGGACAGUCCCUUCUUAUUCGAUUUGGGGGCUACCAUUUUUCUUGUUCUAUUCAACAAGAUUCUCACAGUUUCUCCAUGAAAGACCAAACCAAAGCCUAUUGAAAGAUCUGUUUUGCCUUUUUGCAUCUCCAAUGAGAAAAGGAGUAUCGAAAUUCAUCGAAUCUUACUUGGAAUGGAAACUACCUCUAGCCAAAUACGGGUUGAAACCAAGUCACCCGUUCGAGGAAGACUACGCGUCCUGUCAAAUGGCUAUCUUGCCAGAAAACUUCUUCAAACAGGCUGAUGAAGGAAGAAUCUUGUUUAAAAAGAGUCCAAAAUGGAGUUUUUGGAGUGGUGGGAUUGAAUUAGAAGACAAAACAAAGCUGGAAGCAGAUGUUGUGGUUCUUGCAACCGGUUUUGACGGCAAGGGGAAGCUUAAGUCAUUAUUUCCUGAACCCUUUAGAAGCUUGUUAGAGGACUCUACAUGCAUCAUGCCACUCUACAGGGGUACAAUCCAUCCAUUAAUCCCCGGGGUGGCUUUUGUUGGAUAUACAGAAAGUGUAUCAAACCUACAUUCUUCAGAGAUCCGUUGCAAAUGGUUAUCGCGAGCUAUGGAUGGUCAUUUCAAGCUUCCAACGAUCGAAAACAUGCUCGAACAAAUAUCGAAAGAGAUCGAAGUGUCAAAGAGAUCAACUCGGUUUUACAAGAAAAAACCUUGUAUUUCAACGUUUAGUAUUAACCACACCGAUGAAAUAUGUGAGGAGAUGGGAUUGAAAACAUGGAGGAAGAAGAAUUGGUUAUUAGAGGCAUUCAGUCCUUACAACAACCGGGAUUAUGAAGAAGAAAAAUGAUGCAAUAAUCAUUUCUUCAUUGUCGAUCAGAAGAAAAGAAAAAUGAUGCAAUUAAGUAAAUACAAGGAAGAUUAC